AUGCCGCCACAGGCGGCGAGCGACAAUGGCCCCGAGAAGAGUCGGAGUCGGUCUCGGAGCAAUGAGGCACGCCGAGGCGGCGAACUCAGAGGGGAUGGAGAGGGCGGAUCGGACUCUUCAGCCGUUGCAGCAGCAGCAGCAGCAGCAGCGGCCCGCGCUGCUGCAGCUCGAAAGGCAACAGAAGAUGAUGCGAAGGCGACACUCACUCGGAUCGUGCCGGCAGCCAGCAAGGUUCCUACGACCUAUGCGCCCAUGAUGUCUGGCCAAGACGCAGCUGCCGCUGCAGCAGCUGCAGUAGAUGCGCGCAGCAAGCUAGCGCAAAGUCUCAACGCAAUUUUCCAGCCUCCACCUCCUUCCUCCCCCCCGCCUCCUUCUGCUUUAGGAGAAGCGAGCAGCGGUCCAUGUGGAGCCUCCAUGGGAACUCUUCCUCAAGGGCAACCUUCGCCAGCUGCGUUGCGCACCCCCAGCCAUGCUGAUACAGAUCGGAACGCUCGUCGGCUAUUUAUCAGCAACAUUCCUCCCGGGACCACGCAGGCAGACAUCUGCGGGUUCUUUAACGGCGCCUUGCUUGCAGUCAACGCACAGACCGGCUUUGCAGACCUGGCUGUAGCGAGCGACAAGCCUCAGCUGCUCCCAGUAGAAAGGUGUGAGGGCCUUCAAGAGAACAGCCGCUACUGCUUUCUCGAGCUACGGUCUCAUGACUGGGUCACCCUCUGCUUGAAACUGGACGGGAUAACUUUUAACAACAACUCCCUCAAAGUGCUGCGGCCAAAGGACUACGUACAACCGCCUGGUGGCGACCCUGCAAAGGCAGCACACAUACCCGAGCUAGAAAGAUUGCCCAAACCCGAAACAAACGAAGUUCGCGCUUCGGCGCCACCGCGGAGUGCAGACUGCAAGCUGUACGUCCAGAAUUUGCCUCAAGAAAUGGGGGAGGAUCAGGUGCGCGACUUAUUCGAGCAAUUCGGCAAACUUAGAGUACUUAACUUGAUCAAGAACAGACAAACAGGGAAGCACCGGGGUUACGGCUUUUUCGAGUAUGAAGAUCCAGAUGUAACGGACCAGGCCAUAGAAGCCUUGAACGGAUUCGUAUGCGGCGCCAGCGUGCUGAGUGUCCAGCGCUCCAACUUUAUGCCCGACUUGCUGCCCACCAAACAGCACACUACGGAGGUCACAGCACUCCCGUCCUCGACCUCCUAUGCGGUCCUCGCAGAUCCUCUCGUUGCUAUCCAGGUUCGCGCAGGCCGAACUAUCGGCGAGAAGCCCUCACGCAUUGUGCAGUUGCUCAAUACAAUUUACCAGGAAGACUUGAUGACGGACUCGAGCUAUGAGGCAGCUCUUAAAGACAUUCGCUUAGAGGCAGAAAAGUAUGGGCCUCUAGAAGAAGUUGUCAUUCCGAGACCAAAUCAAGACUUGUCAUACAAGCCUGGAGUGGGAAAGGUCUUUUUGGUUUACGGAGACGUGACAUCUGCCAGAAAGGCACAACUCAUGCUGAACGGGCGUCGAUUUGACCAGACUCGUGUGGUAUGUGCUGCUUUCUUCCCGGAGCAAAGGUUUAAGGAGGGUCAUUACACGCUCACGUAG